UAGAUGUGAGAAACAAAAAAGCAGGAAGAUGUGGUAGGAAGCUUAAAGUAUAUGAUGACAAAUGGCUUCAGUCAGUCCCACUUAAUCUGAGGACAAGUAUAAGGGCAUUUGCUGGAUAUCUUAAAAUCCCCCCUCCACUGUUUACAGUCUAUUGAAACGGGGCAAGCUGAGAAGUCACACUAGCAGCACCCACCCAAAACUGACUGAUGAUCAUAAGAUUCAAAGAUGAAGUGGGUGUUACAACACAUAUUACCAGCAAUAAGGACACAAUCACCUAAAUUUGUUGACAUGCAAAAUGUUGUUCACAUAGAUGAGAAGUGGUUUUAUUUAAGUCCAGAUAUGAGAAGGUUUUAUUUGCUUCCUGCUGAAGAUGACCCUUAUAGUUGCUGUCAGUCCAAGAGGUUUAAGAUAAAAGCCAUGUUCAUGUGUGCCACAUCUAGACCUAUUAAGGACAGUGAGGGAAGGAUGAUACAUGAUGGGAAAUUUGGUAUCUACCCUUUUGUUGAGUAUGCAAGAGCUAAGUAUUCAACAAAAAACAGAAGGGCAGGUACUAUGUUGACAAAGGCAAUUGAAAGUGUUACACUACCAGUUAUGAGGGAUAUGAUAGUUAACACUAUCAUACCUGCCAUAAUGAGGAAUUGGCCAGAAGGUAUGUCCAAAGAAAUCUACAUACAACAAGACAAUGCUAGACAUCACAUUCAUGCAUCAGACCCACAAUUUAUUGCAGCAGCAACUCAGAAUGGAUUCAAUAUCCAGUUCAUCAAUCAGCAAGCUCAGUCCCCUGACUUAAAUGUGCUAGACUUGGGGUUUUUUAGAGCAAUUCAGGCACUACAAUAUCAAUCAUUUCCUAAGAACCUAGAUGAACUGAUUUUAAGAGUGCAGGACUGUUAUGAUUUUUUUGACCCAGAAGUUUUGAAGUACACUUGGUUGCAAUUACAAUAUGUUAUGGUAGAAAUACUAAAGUGCAAAGGGGGAAACAAUUUCAAGAAUCCACACCAUGCAAAGAGAAAGUUAGAGAGAUUGGGAUUACUUCCAGAAAAUGUAACAGUGGACCAAGCUGUGAUAGAUGAGGCAGUUACAUACUUGAAUGAGAGGUUUGUGAAUAUAGGAGAAGCAUUUGACUACUUAGAUGCACAUCAAGAGUAG